AUGGCAGACGCAUACAAUGGCAUCCUUGCUGCGUGCUCCAGCGGCGAUAUUCCCACCCUAAAGGCAUUGUUUCAGGAACUCCAGAUCGCCUCCAACCACCCACAGAGUGUUUACAGUCUCGAUCGAAGUCUUCCCGAAGAACAACAAGUACCUGUUGUUGAGCGAAUGUUCUUGGCUGCCAUUCAAGGUGAACAAGCUGGAGUCAUAGCAUUUCUUUCCGACCAUUUCGCCAAGGUCAGUCUCUAUGGUUAUCCUAUGCGGGCCGCCAUCGACACAGGCAACACUCAGGUGCUAAGAGCCGCUUGCAAAGCCGAUCCAAAGUCUGCUGAUGCCGAAAUCGGCGACGACGAAUGCAUCAAUCCACUUGGAUACGCAGCAUCAAAGAAAAAGGGCGUGGAGCUAAUAAAAGUGCUGCUGGACGGUGGCGCAGACCCAAACACGAUCCCGCCGUUCAGAUUGCCACAGUGCUGGAACGUAUCCGCUGCGGUUCUCGGAGGUCUACCAAUAUCAACGUUUGAGCAGUUCUUCGACGCUGGGUACCAGGGCAAUGAUCAUUGGGCUGUGAACUUUGCAGUGGAGAAGAAGCGUGCGGAUGUUCUCGAAGUGUUAUUCGCAAGAGGCAAGAAGUUCUCAGAUGCGCGAUUCCCACCGGAGAAGGAAAUGAUCGACAUUGCAAACAUAGAUAAUGAUGUCAAUAUGGUUGCAGCCAUUAAGCGUGCUUAUGCGACCCUUUCCAAACGAAAGCUGGAACGAAAACCAGGAUUGGUCGCAUCACUCAUCGGCAAAUUGCGAUCGCGGGUGUAG